AGGACCUUGUUUUGUCUGGCACAUUUACAAGUGUGACAUUGGACUCCCAAGUGGUGACAGUUUCUAGGUGGAAAAAACGUAACAAAUGAAGAUUAUUAACGGUGACGUCACUCCUGUACGCCGUUCCGGAUCAUCAACCUGAAGACUUUCAUGCAGGAUUAGUUAGUGUAAAUGGCUGGAGUGCGACAAUAUUUAAAUUAUUUUUUUAAUUAUAUAUAUUUUUUUAUUUUUGUGCACCACUAGGGAGCUGUAGGUAAACCACUUCGCGUUUGGGCUGAUUUUGUACUAUAAUGUCUAAAACCAAGCACAUUUCCUAAAAAGGACAAUAUAUUGAAAGGAAAACGAAAGUACGUAGUAAGUAUAUGGGCCUAUGAAACACCCUUAACAGCACAUUUAUUAAGGUAAGAUUACUGUAAUGGAAAAGCUGCGGUUAUAUUCGAUCUUCUGUUUUCCGGCUGUAAUUUCUUUUAACAAAAGCAAGCCAGGCGGUUUUUAAUUACAGACUUUUGAUCUGCAGUAUACGGUGCCUUGCGGGACUUAUGUGGUAUAUGCGCGACUAUCUAUACAUAUCUUAAGGAGAUGUGUGAUGGCCGAUUCGUCAGUUUUGGAAAAGUGAAAUAAAAUUGUAAAUAUUCAAAAUUGUCCAUGCACACACUUCAAGUUUCUUAAAAUGUAUAUUUAAAGAGCAGGCUCGUUUCAUAAAAGAUUCAAUUUUAUAUUCAUAGACUGCUAUAUUAUAACUGUAUGCAUGCUUGUCGUUUUAUAAACAUGCGUGAUAAGUCCUUUCCUCCAUUAGUGUAUAUCUUUACUUUAUUUGGCUCUCCAAACUUGAUCUGCCUUCUUCUUCUGCAAAAAUAAGUGAAUACGCUUGUGACCAGUUAACAGAAUCACCACUUAAACCAUAAAGCGACACACUUUUCAUUGUGUUUCGAUAGAUGUGUAAAAUCUUGUUAAUAGCUACGAUUUCAACUGUAACGAGACAUCCAUCUUUGUUAAUUACACUGUAUCCAUUAAAUGUGCAAUUGGACAAUAAAUAAAUGAUCUGAUAACUAAAAGUAAAUGAGACCAACACGUCCACUUAGUGUGCUUUGAGCAGUGGCUUAUGGGGGUGCACAAUGCACACCCUUGGAGUUCUAUACAUAUUUAUUAAGAAUUGUACUUCUAUAUUCUAUAUUUCCAUACAUAGCCUACUUAUUAAGAGGAAUAGUGCAAGCAAUAAAUGCGUUACUGUGUUGACCCGAAUAUAAGACGUAUUUUUUCCUCAAACUACUCGUGAUGUCGUCUUAUAUUCCGGCGAAAACUUAGCAAACUGCAAUUUUAAUGACUGCUCCUUUUCAGGAUCAUCUAGUGUAUACCUAACAUUAGUUUAAAGUGUACGGUCGCUAUUUUGGCAUAAGCUCUGCAAGCGCUCUUCAGGCAAUCUGUAAUCAUUUGCAUCCUUGAGGUUUAAAUUACUGAUGAAUAUAGGUAUUUGUGGGAAAUUGAUUCAUUUUGAACUAUUUUUUUUCUUUAUAAAUACUGCAAUACUUAUUGCAGAAAUUGAUAUUUCCCAGUGUCAUGCAGCCUAUUCAAGGAAUACAUUCUACAAUAAGAUAUGUAACACAAAAAAUAUUCAGCAUGGGGCAGUAAAGUGAUAUGUGGCAGAGGGAAGUACGAUGUGAAGCAGCGGUUAGAAUACAGAGGAUGCUGCAGCGUGAAGUAUUUAGGGCCCAAAAAGUAAAUAAUGCAGACAGAUCAAGUAAAGUGUGAUUUUUGCAGUGCACUGUCUGUGAGAGUGCGCACAACCUGCAUUUUCAGAUCUGAUAAACCUAUAGAUUUAUAUUAAUAUUUCCCUAAAUAGCCUAUUCAUUGAGCUAAAGGAUGAAAAAAUGAAGAAGUAUGUCUAAAACAAAAUAGGACACUCAUGUCAAGUACAAUAAGCAGUGCACUGCAUGUGGGACAAAGCACUGCAGCUGAAUUUUUAAAUAUUGUAUUUCUGUAACAUUUAACAUAUAACAUGCAUUACCAACUCCUGGAAUCCCUGGCCAAUAUGUGAAUGGAAGUUGUUAAAGAUACAUACAGUGCCAGACAUAACUCCACUUUUCCGUGUGCCAUGGUGUCUUUAGAGGCUCUUGUGAGACUCACACCCCACAGCAUGGUGAACAGACUGCUGCCCCUGUAAGGAGGCUCUGGGGAUGAGGAGGAGGAGAAGGAGGCCUCUGGGAGGAGCCUUUCUGAGGCACAUGAAGAAGAAGGAGCCGAGUCAGUUAUGAGCUCUGUGGAGGCCACUGAGGAACCGACCCCUGAGAGGGUACAGCAGGAGAGAGCCGUGUCACCCGUGCCCAGCUGUCUGUCCAUGAAGAGUGAGGACUCAAUACCUCGGUCGAUCACCUUCAAAGACAGACGAGAGAAGUUCCAUCCAAGGGUACAACAGGAGAGAGCCGUGUCACCCGUGCCCAGCUGUCUGUCCAUGAAGAGUGACGAUUCAUUGCCUCGGUCAAUCACCUUCAAAGACCAACCAGACACAUGUGAUCCAAUGGUCCAAAUUAAGAGAGCAGACUCCCCCAGCUGUCUGUCCAUGAAGAGUGAGGACUCAAUACCUCGGUCGAUCACCUUCAAAGACAGACGAGAGAAGUUCCAUCCAAGGGUACAGCAGGAGAGAGCUGUGUCACCCGUGCCCAGCUGUCUGUCCAUGAAGAGUGAGGACUCAAUACCUCGGUCAAUCACCUUCAAAGAAAGACCAGAUAUGUCCCAUCUUUCAGAAGAGUCCAUCUGUCUGCUGCAAGAAAGAGACCAGUCCACAGACUUCACACAAACAGUGAAGGACAGGGAAAAUGUGUCCAAAAGAGAAGUCCGGCAGGAAUUGAAAGCAAGGCUGAAACAGAAAUACCAACACAUAUUUGAAGGGAUAGCAAAGCAGGGAAAUCAAACUCUGCUCAAUGACAUCUAUACAGAUGUGUACAUUACGGAGGGAGAGAGCGAAGGAGUUAAUAAUGAACACGAAGUGAGGCAGAUCGAGACGACAGCCAAGAAAACAAGCACUCUGGAGACUGCGAUCAACUGCAACAACAUAUUUAAGCCUUUAACCAGUCAAGAGAAACCAGUCAGAACUGUGCUGACAAAGGGGAUCGCUGGCAUUGGAAAAACAGUCUCUGUGCAGAAGUUCAUCCUUGACUGGGCAGAAGGAAAAGCAAAUCAGGAUGUUCAUUUCAUGUUUCCUCUUCAGUUCCGCGAUCUUAAUCUUGAGAAGCAUAAACAAUACAGUCUUAUGAGUCUGCUUCAUCGCUACAUUCCAGAACUAAAAGUGAAUACAGAUGAUGAACUUCAUAGAGUCAAAACUGUUUUCAUCUUCGAUGGUUUGGAUGAGUGUCGACUUCCUCUAGAUUUCCAGAAUAAUUUUAUUUGUUGUGAUGUAACAAAGACAACGUCACUGGAUGUGCUGUUGACUAACCUCAUUAAGGGGAAUCUGCUCCCAUCCGCUCUUCUCUGGAUAACCUCCCGACCAGCAGCAGCCAGUCAGAUCCCUCCUCAGUGUGUCCACCGGGUGACUGAUAUACGAGGCUUUAAUGAUCCGCAGAAGAAGGAAUACUUUACAAAGAGAUUUAUCGAUCAGGACUUCGCCAGUAUCAUAUUUUCACAUAUAAAAUCAUCAAGGAGCCUAUUCAUCAUGUGUCAUAUACCAGUAUUCUGUUGGAUUUCGGCAACUGUCCUUGAGCAGAUGUUUAAUGACGAAGAGCAAGAGGAAAUUCCUACAACUCUGACACAGAUGUACACACAUUUCUUGCUAAUUCAAAUAAACAGAAAAAAUCAGAAGUAUCAUGCAAUGAAUGAGCUGCUACAAAGUGACAAAGAGAUCAUUCUGAAACUAGGUGAACUGGCAUUUCAGCAGCUGGUAAAAGGACAUUUAAUAUUUUAUGAAGAGGACUUGAAAGAGUGUGGCAUAGAUAUCAGUGAAGCUUCAGUAUACUCUGGAGUGUGUACAGAAAUCUUUAAAGAAGAAGAUGUGAUGUCUCAGAGGAAAGUGUACAGCUUUGUGCACCUAAGUGUUCAGGAGUUUUUGGCUGCAGUCUAUGUGUUUGAGUCAUUUACAAACAACAGCAUUAAUGUGCUUGAGGAAAGUGCAGCCACUGUAAAUGUGUCCAUGACUUACCUGCACAAAAGUGCCAUUGAUAAAGCUUUACAGAGUAAAACUGGACACCUGGACCUUUUCCUCCGCUUCCUUCUUGGCAUUUCAAUGGACUCCAAUCAGAGAUUCUUGCAAUGUCUGAUGAGACAAGCAGAGAGAAGCUCAGAGAGUGUUGAGGAGACCAUUAGAUACAUCAAAGAGAAGAUCAGGGGGAAUCUGUGUACUGAGAGGUCAAUUAAUCUGUUUUAUUGUCUAAACGAGCUGAGUGACAACUCUCUAGUACAGGAAAUCCAAAGUUACCUGAGCUCAGGCGGCCUUUCGACAGAGUACCUCUCAGCCGCACAGUGGUCGGCUCUUGUCUUUGUGUUGAUGACAUCAGAGGGAGAGGGAGACAUCUUCGAUUUGAAAAAGUACAUCAAAUCAGAAGAAGCACUUAAAAGGCUCCUUCCAGUGGUCAGGAUCUCCAGAACAGUUCUCCUGGACCAGUGUAACCUUACAGAGGACUGUAGCGAAGACCUGGUUUCAGCUCUCAGCUCCCCACAGCUGAGAGAGCUGGACCUGAGUGGCAAUGACCUACAAGACUCAGGAGUGAAGCUGUUCUCUGAUGGACUGAGGAAUCCACACUGUAAACUGGAGAUACUGAGGUUAGUCCAAUGUAACCUCGUAGUGGAGAGCUGCGAAUGGCUGGCAUCAGCUCUCAGAUCAAGCUCCUCACAGCUGAGGGAGCUGGAUCUGAGUGACAAUGACCUGGAGGAUUCAGGGGUGAAGUUGCUCUCUGAUGGACUGAGGAAUCCACACUGUAAACUGGAGAUACUUAGAUUGCACCAGUGUAAACUUGGAGAAGAAUGUUGUGAAGAUCUGGCCUCAGUUCUCAGCUCAGACGCCCCACAGCUGAGAGAGCUGGACCUGAGUGACAACGACCUGCAGGAUUCAGGAGUGAAGCUGCUCUCUGAUGGACUGAGGAAUCCACACUGUAAACUGGAGAUACUGAGGCUGUCGGGCUGUCAAGUCACAGAGGCAGGUUGUGCUUCUCUGGCUUCAGCUCUGAAGUCAAACCCCUCACAUCUGAGAGAGCUGGACCUGAGCUACAAUCACCCAGGAGAGUCAGGAGUGAGACUGCUCUCUGCUGGCCAGGAGGACCCCAGCUGUAACCUGGAGAAGCUAAACAUGGAGCACGGCGGAGAGUAUCGGCUCAAAGCAGGUCUGCUCAAAUAUGCCUGCCAGUUUACAUUGGAUCUUGACACAAUGGACCCGUGGCUGUAUCUGUCAGAGGGGAACAGCAAAGUGACACGUGAUGAAGACGGUCACAUUUACCCCGAGCACCCGGACAGAUUUGACUACUGGCCUCAAGUGCUGUGCAGAGAGGGUCUAACCGGUCGCUGCUACUGGGAGAUCGAGUGGCACGAGGGGCCGGGUGCUAACGUGGGAGUGGCUUAUCGGGGACUCGGCAGGAAAGGGGCGGGCUUCGAGUGCGGGCUGGGACGCAACGAGAAGUCGUGGAGCAUGCGGUGCUUCGACGACACCUACAUCGCCAGGCACGGCAACGUGGACACCGCUAUCCCACCCCCGGCCUGCCCCUCCUGCAGAGUGGGCGUGUUCCUGGAUUGGCCAGCCGGGACCCUGUGCUUCUACAGCAUUUCCCCUGGCAAACCGACUCUCCUGCACAGGUUCACCUCCACGUUCACUGAGCCCCUCUAUCCUGGCUUUGGCGUUUUCCAUGGCUCCACAGUCUACUAUUGCCAACUUGACUAGAGCUCUGCUUCCGAGGCCAGAGUCUUGCAUUUACAUGGAAAGACCAGCCAGACAAACACGCAAAUCCACAAACUUGAAAUACGCACUGAAUUGCACGCAAACAAAGCAGGAGGCCGUAACACCGACAUAUAGUCCGUGCGAUUCUUCAAUAAUGUGAUAGAUGCCUUCUGUAAAAUCAUGCAAUGGAAAUUACCGAGAUUUUGAACAAAAUAGACUUAAGGCGGACCACUCAAAAUUAAAUGUCUGUUGCUAUUUAUUAGUAAUUUAAAAGCACUUGAUAAGGUGAGGCUUAUAGUGUUAAAGUUAUUCUUUUAUGUUUGUUGCGUGGAGUUUUAUAACCAGUAUGCUCCUUAGGCAGGUUUUUACAGCACUGGGGCAGAUUUAAUGAAAAUUAGCACUUCUAAAACAAAAUGCUUCAGUUCACCCAGCAUCGAGUGCAUUCCUCCACCGGCCAGCAUGUUUAGGUGUGUUAUUCAGGGAUGCAAAAUAUGAAGGAAUGAUAUCGCUUCUGAACCAGUUAUGGGAACACUGCGUUAUAGCAGAACUAUCAUUUGCACAGAAGUGCACAGAAAGUGUCACAUCAUAGUGAAAGUCACUACAUAAAGCGUCCGCCACCACACUGGUGAUAUUUUCAUCUCUGGCGGUGAGGAGACCUCGGGGAACCAUUUCAGUCACUUCUCAGUGGGCUAUGAGAAGUUCAUAGAAAAUACUGCUCCAGCUCCUCUAAUGAUCGAUAGACAAUAAAACAGUUAGGUAGGUGCUGUGUAAGUAUGUCAGUGCAAGUCAAAUAAGUUUUUAACUUACAGUUUAAGUUUCACAGUGAUUCAUUAAUCUGUCGAUCACUAAUGUAAGAGGUUUUAAAGUAUGGAAUGGAUACCGUUGAUAUAAAGGGCUAAAAUGUGGCCUUGGAUUUGAUCUUAUCAAGGCAGAAAAUAGAAAAUAUCUGAUAAUUUAACACGUAGACUCAUUGCGAUUUUCCGUGCUGUUUGUAAUCGAUACUAAGGGACCCAUAAUGGUGUUGACCAAAGUGAGUUUCUCUUGUCCUUGACCAAGUCUUAAUCCUGCGCAUUUCAGGGUUGUACGUAGCUUAAAGGAAACUUGCUUCAAUAUACCGUGUCAGGACAUGGGAGUGUUGUUUUGGAACUGUGAAGUUUUUAUAUGGGUUUGUGUGACGUUUUGCCUAUGUUUAUAUAUUUAUACAACAGUAGAACUAUAUAAAGCGCAUAUUUAUACAAUGUAAGUUAAUAGGCAGUGUUUAUUUUGUACUGAAUAUUAUUGAAGUGUCUUUAGAAGUCUUGUUUUUGUGAAAAUGCUCAUCUAACAGGUGACCCUCAGUAGGGUUCAGUAGUGAUACUUCAUCUGAAUGUUGUUGCUGAUCAAGUGCAACUUUUUUCAUGGCUAUAUUUUUUAUCAUCUGGAUGGAAACCUCCAGCAGGACUGUGAACUAGGAACGUACCUUCAGAGUGCAUUUGCUUGAGCCGUCACCCCAACAGGACAAUUAGACUGCAGCAACCAGUCACAUUAGUAGGAACUCAUAAGUUUCCAAUAUACAAAUAAAAGUAUGCUGUGAAAAUUACCUGCAAUUUAAAAGUGUCAUAAAUUGAGGGACUGUGAUGGGCUGGCCCCCCAUCCUGGGUUGUUCCCUGCCUCGUGCCCAUUGCUUCCGGAAUAGGCUACGGACCCCCCGCGACCCAGUAGGAUAAGCGGUUUGGAAAAUGGAUGGAUGGAUAAAUUCAAGGUGGCAGAUUGUUGCCACCAGAGGGCAGGCAAUAAUCAUAUAGAAUGUAAUAGGAAGCAUGUAACAGAUAAGCAGAGCUGGAACAAUCAUUUCAGCAUAUUAGGAAACAAAUACUGUUUCAUCCAUCCUUCCAUCAUUUGUCUUUGAACCACUUUUUUGAAGACGUCGAGCAAGUUGUUCAAUGAUAUUCUGUAAAACUCUGUUCAAUCAGAGUAAUGUGGAAUUCAUUUUCUCAAUAAAAAUCUGCUUCUUUGUUA